AUGAUCCCGCGCCCCCAAAACCGCAUAAACGCGCACCCCCACGCACCCCCCCCCCCCCCACCGACCCACCCCGCUGUGUUAACCGCCGACCAGCAACGCGCCACCCACCCCGCUGCACCCCCUCAACACGCACCCGGCCAAGCCAAUUCCCCGAGGUCCCCCCCCCCACUACAGCCGCCGCCCCCGCAGCCUCGCCCCGCCCUCGCAGUCACGUCUCCGCAAGUACCCGGCUCGCCCCCGCCGACCACCCCCACCCGCCAGCAGUUUGCGUCCCCAACCCCCCCCACCUCUCAGCAGCGCCUCACACCCGCCCCCGCACGCACCCCACCCCCACCCCUCGCCAGCCGGCCCCCACCCCCCACCCAGCAGUCCCCAAACGCAGUUAGUCGCCCGCCCGACGCAGUCCCCCGGCCGCAGUCCCCCCCCGCCCACGCAGUUCCGCAGCAUGGCCCAGCCCCCCCGCUCCAGCAGCAUCCCUCCGCCACUCACAACACCCCCACCGGCAGGUGCUCCUCGCAACGCAGCACACGCCAGCACCCACGACGCCCCAGAGCUGUCGACUCCGCAGCGCGCCGCUCCUUCGCCCCCCCCCACCCCCGCCCCAACAGACCGCCCAGCCACCCCCCCCGCCGCUCCCCUCAGCCCCCCCGCACGCAGCCGCACCCCCCAACCCCACGCGCCCCCCGCCCACCGCUCGACACGCUCCCCCGCAGUACCGCCACUGCCCUACCUCCGAGCGCCCCGCCCCCACACCUCGCGCACCGCCCCGCCCAGAGCCCCCCCACCAAGCCGCUGAUCGCACGCAGCGCCCCCGCACACCGCCACUCCCCACCGCCACAACCGCAGCACGAACGCCCCCGCGGGCCCGGUCGCAGUGCACCCCACGCGCCCGCCCGCCAACGCAAGGCGCACCCACGCCCCAACGCCCUCGAAGCGCCCAUCACCUCAGCAGACCCGACCACCGCACCCCCGCCCCCCCCCAGGCAUGUUCACUCCACGCGCAGACCCCCCCUCGACCCCUACCACCCCCACAACUCACCACCUAACCCCGAGACAGUUCAGCAGUUAGCCGCCACCCCCCCAUCGCAGUUCAACCCCCACCCUACCAGCACCCCAGCCCCGCAGUUCGCCGCACAAUACGCGACAGCGAGUUACCUCAUGAAGUUCCCCCACCACCGCCUCCCUACCCGACCCCCAGCCCCGCAUGUUUUACGCAAUGUUCACCACCCCGAAGUCCGCAGCCCGACACCACUUUCGCUGUGCUCGCAGUUCAACCCACGCAGUUACAGUCCGCAGGACCCACCGCCCCCCGACCGCCCGCACACGCAGUCCCCAAGCCGAACCCCGCUGUCCCCCCCCCUCGCCGCCACUCACCCCGCCCACCGCCCGCACGCCCCCCCGCCCCCCCCGCGACGACGCCCACCCCGCUGCACGCCACACCACACCCCACCCGCCUCGCAAGACCACCCGCGACCCAUCCGCCAGCCCGCCCGCACCACCCCCCACACGCAGCACCGCAGCUGCCGCAGCCCCACCCCCCCCCCCCCCCCCGGCAGCUUCGCUGAGUUACCCGCGCAGUUUACCCCCCCCCGCACCCCACCACCCCCCCCAUCGCAAGUGCCCGCGACGCCUACCACACACCCGCCAGUUCCCACCCGCACCCCAAGCACCACCCGCACCCCCGCACUGCACACCAGCAUCCCAACCACAACGCCCCACCCCCCACUCGCCCCCCCCAGCCGGCUGCAAACGGCUGCGCAACGACACCGCCACGCAACCGCAGCCCCCCCCCCCCCACGCAGCCGCACACCGCCCACGCAGUUAGACCCCCCCCCGCAGUUCGCCCACCCCCCACACCUCGCGCACACCCCCCCCAACCCCCCGAUGGCCACCCCCCCCCCACAGCAGUCCCGCCCCGCUGUGCCCCCAGCCAACCACACUCCGCCGCGCCCGAAAGCAGUUCCCGACUCACCCGCAUGUCCACGCACACUAGACCCCCCCCCCGCUGCCCCGCCAACCACCUCACCCCCCGAAGCGCCCGCCCGCCGCAGUCCCACGCGCCCCCCUCCCUCCGCGCAGUUCCCCCCCCCACCCCCACCCCGCCGACCGCGCCAGACAACCCCCCCCCGCGCCCCUCCCCCGCAGUCACGCCCGCACGACAGUUUCCGCCUCGCACGACCGCGUUGCCCGCCCCCACCCGGCCUCCGCCCUCCCCACCCAAUACCUAACCCCACGCCGCCCAGCCCACCCCCCCCAACCGCAGUUGCCCGCAGUUGCACCCGACAAUACCAGCAGAGUUCCCCCAGCCCCGCAGUUCACACACCAUCGACCCCCCGCAGAGACGCAGUUCCGCGCAGCUACCCGCAACCGCACAGCGCCGUCACGCAGCCCGGCCCCGCCCAAUCCCCACCCGCAACAGCGCCACCCGCGCAUGCAGCCUCACGGACUACGCCCGGCCACGUUCGCAUGCGCGACCACGUCACGCAACAGCACAACACCCAGCACCCUCCCCUCGCGCCCGACCCGCAGAUCCGCAGGCAUCCCUCCGCCGCCAACCCCCCGCAGACCAGCUCGCCCGCAGUCCUCGCCCCCCCCCGCGACCACCCCCUCCCGCAGCCGACAGCGCCCUCACCCCACAUCCAACCCCCAGCAGGAAGUUUCCCACACCCCGCGCUCGCAGUUGCCCAACCCACGCAGUUCGCGCUGUUAGCCCCACCCCCCCCGCAGUUAGGAUCCCCCACCUCCCCCACCCCAGCCCACGCACGACGCCCCCGCGCUGUUAGGCCCGCUGCCCCACUCCUCCCAACGCAGCCGCAGUUCCCCCGGCAGUCCGCAGAGCCCCCGCAGUUCGCCACCCCCCCCCCGCGCCACCCCAGCCCCCACUCCGCCACAACGCCGCCGCCGCUACGCCCCCCCACCAGCACCCCCCCUCCCCCUCCGCGCCGAACGCCCGCCGCACCCACGCAGCAGCAAAGUCCCCGCCCAACCGCCCCCCCCCGCUACGCUCCUCCGCACCUCACCGCCCGCAGACGCCCGCGCCCCCCCCGAACCCCCGCCCCCAGCAGCCCGCUUGAGCGCAGUCGCCCCCACCCCGCCCACGAUCCGCAGCCCCCCGUCGCAGUUUACGCCACGCCGGCUCCCGCCCGCAGACCCCCCCCGACAGACACACGAACCACACGCAGUCCCCGUCCCCCCACAGGACCGAAGUCCGACCCCACACCCCCCCGCAGCCCCCCGCCCCCACCCCCACGCCCCAACUGCCCAACCCAGCUAGGCAGCCGCGCCCCAUCCACCCGCUGUUCACGGCUCGGCCACCCCCGCACGCAGUUUCAACUCCCCCGCAGCCCCACGCCCAUACCCGUCCCGCCGCUGUUACACGACCCCACCGCAAGCUGUAGACCACCUGCACCCCCCCAGCCAGAGCACUCGCCCGCACCCACGCCCCCCCUCAACCCCCGUCCCCGCAGUGCCCACCCCCCGAACGCCCCCGCGCAGCUCCCGUCACCCCCACGCCACCCCCGCAGCCCGCAGUUGCGCUCCCCACACACCCGCAGUUCCGCCUCGCCGACCCCCUCACCCAACCGCAGCAUACCCCCGCCCCGCACGCCUGCGCAGACCCCGCAGCCCCCACCGCUCACCGAUCCCACCGCCCCCCUGCCCGCGCGCUCAGCGCACCCACUACACGCACCAACACACGCGGCGCCCCACCCGCAGCCCACCCCGCACCCACCCCCCCACCCAGCAACCUGCGCCCCCGCACCCCAACGCCAAGCCACCCGAGCACCCCCCCCCGACACCCGCAUCCCCGCAGCCCCGCCCCCCCCGCCCAACCCGCACCCGCAGCCUUCCCGCACGCCGACAGUUGCACCAACCCGAAAGUUCUCCCCCACCCCACCCAGCAGCCCCGCAGUCACGCAGCCCCACCCCCGCCUCCCCCGCCAACGGCCCCCUCGCGCAGAUCAAGGCGCCCCGCCCCCCCACGGCCCCCCCGCCGCAGCCUCCCGCAGUUACCGCGACCCGCCGCGCCUCCGCACCCGCAGGCCCGCAGUUACCUCGGACGCUCGCUGCCGCCUCACCCUCGCACGCACCCGCACCCCCCCCCCGCCCCCCUCUACACCGCAGUCUCGCCGCUGUCGCUCCAGGCCCCCCCCGCCCCGCCCCAACACACAUGCCCGCAGGACCACACCACGCCAGCCCCCAGCCCCCAUGCGCCCCCGCACCCACACCCCCGGACAGGCCAUCACACAUCCGCACCACCCCGCAACUCCACAAACGCCCCCGAGACGCAGUUUGUCCCCGCCCCCCCACCCGCAGUCCCGCCCGCCCACACGCAGCCCGCCCCCCAACCAUCACGCUCCCGCCGCCCCACAAGACCCCCCGCAGUCCCGGACGCGACCCCCAUCCGCAGUCCUUUGCACGCAGAGCCCCCCGCUGUCCCCCCCCCCCCAACCCCAGCCCGCCCCGACAGUCGCCCCCCGCGCUGCUCCCCCACCCCCCAAACCGUCUCAGCCCCCCCGCAGUUACGCCGCCGCCCACACGCGCAGUAGAUACCACCGAGCACCGAAGCCCCGUGCGCCCCGCAGACCGCAUGACGCAGUUUCGCGACACGCAACCGGCUACGCCCCACAGCCUCGUCCCCGCGCACCGCAAAUAGUGCCCCCUACCGCAGUUGUCCACCGCGCCCCGCAAAGGCCCACCCCCCCCCCCGCCCAACACCGCAGUUCAGGUGGACCCCCACCCCCCCCGCAGUUCCAGUCCCCCGUCCCACCGCAGACCCCACGCUCCGCUGUUCACCCACAAGCUGCCAUGUCAGCCCCCCCGCCGCAGUUCCACCGCCCCCACCCCCCCCACCCCCCGCCCGCCCCCCCGCCCCCGCAGUUACCCGCAGUUCCACGCCAGUUUGGUCCCUCGCAGUUCAGCCCCCCGCCCCCGCAGUCGCAGGCACACCCUACACGCAGAAGCCCGCCCUAG